GCGCAGGGGGCAGCGAAAGGCCCCCCGGGGGACCGGGGCGUAUAUAAGCGCCCGGCCAAGCCACCGGAGAAGACAGACUCAACCGUAGCCACAACAAUCAUGCUGAAGCUCGCAAUCUUCCUCGGCCUCGUCGCCACCUGCUUCGGUGGAUACGUCGGCGGCGGCCUCGGCUACGGCCUCGGCCACUACGGCCACGGCUACGGCCUCGGCCACUACGGUCUCGGCUACGGCCUCGGACACUAUGGCCUCGGCUAUGGUGCCGGUUACCACGGUCUCGGUCACUAUGGUCUCGGUUACGGCGGUUACGGCGGUUACGGCUACACCGGCCUCGGCCACGUCUUCGGUGGUGCCAUCGCCGCCGCUCCGGCCGCCGUCGUCCACCACGCUCCUGCCGUCGCCGUCGCCCGGCCGGUCGCCUACGCUCGUCCUGUAUUCCACGCCGCUCCCGUGGUUCACGCCGCUCCCGUAGUGCACGCCGCUCCUGUGGCAGUCGCCCGCCCCGUCGUUCACGCAGUCGCCGCUCCAGUCGCCGUCGCCCGCACCGUCGUUCACGCCGCUCCCGUGGCCGUCGCCGCUCCCGCUGUUGCCGUCCACCACGCUCCCGCGGUCGUUGCUGCCCCGGCCGUCGCCGCCGUCGCCGCUGCUCCCGCUUUCGCCGUUGGAGGCUACGGACUCGGCUACGGCUACGGUGGUCUCGGCUACGGACACGGCCUCAGCUACGGUCUGGGAUACCACGGCCACGGCUACGGCCUCGGCUACGGCUAUGGUGGCCUCGGCUAUGGUGGCCUCGGCUACGGUGGCCUCGGCUACGGUGGUCUCGGCUACGGUGGUCUCGGCUAUGGUGGUCUCGGCUAUGGUGGCCUCGGCUACGGACACGGCCUCAGCUACGGUCUCGGAUACCACGGCCACGGCCACGGUCUCGGCUACGGCUAUGGGCUCGGUGGAUUCAACUACGGCCUCGGAGGACACGCCUACGCCGUCUACAAGAAGAAGUAAACGACUGGAAUGAAACAACACCGCGGCACUCUAUCACCGGGCUCCCGGAUGUUUCGAAUACUUCGGUAGUUCCAUCAGCACCGGCGUCCGCGGUCACGCUAGAACAUCUCCCAAGUCUUGAGGCGUCGCAAGC